AUGGGAAAGAAAGAGAAUAAGGGAGGAACAAAUGAGGUUAAGGAGGAAUCCAUUAAAGUUUUAAUUAUCGCAGAUACAUUCGAUGCUCGGUUUCUUCCUGUCACUUCCGAUUCUUCAGUUAGUUGUUUAAAGGUAGCGAAUAUCGAAGUUUUACACUAUAUGCUGGAAUGGAUAAGUCGAACUGAACUUCGAGAUGUAGUGAUUGCUUUGUCAACCCAUUCCGAACAAUCUCUUCAGCAUAUUAUAGAUUAUUGGAGAGUGCUAUUCGAUUCCUUUAAUGUUGUGUUAUGUCAGAACUGUAUGAGUAUUGGUGAUACUCUUCGUGAAGUUCAUAGUCGAUCUGUCAUAACCUCAGAUCUCUUGUUACUCACAACUCCGAUGAUUAUUGCCGCAACUGAUCUCAGUAUUCAGCUCAGUUAUUUCAAGGAGAUAAGGAGGGAUAAGAAUAAUGUCAUGAUGAUCGUUUAUGGUGAGUGGAAAAAUGAGUGUCCUGUUAUUGCUUAUGAAAAGGAAAGCAGAAGACUUAUAUUCUAUCACCAAAAAGAUGAUACUUCAAAACUUGAUAUAGACAAGGAUGUAUUUACAGCAGACUCUAUUGUUUGCAAUAAUCUUCGAGACACUGGCAUGACAUUUUGUUCAAUAAAUGUGUUAUCACAGUUUAGUGACAACUUCGAUUUUCAAUAUAAAGAAGAUAUAAUUAGAGAAAUUUUAGUUAACGAAGACAUUCUCGGUCAGAAAAUUUGUAUUUCUGUUCUCCCAAAACAAGUUCCAGCAUUUUGUGCUCAUGAUUAUGCAGAUCUCUUACUUAUGAACAGAAUGAUUUUGCAACGCUUCUUCUACCCUCUUGUACCUGAUAAUAUUUCUUAUUCAACUUACAUUUGUCGGCGAAAUAAUAUUUAUACAUUAUCUGACAGUUUGCAACAAAAUUAUGGGACUAUAAGGAAUUUGCCAUUGAUUUUUGAUGGAGCAAAUGUUUUGUUGGGAAAAAAUUGUUCGAUUGGUUUGAAUGUAGUGUUAAAAAAUGUUUCAUUUGGUUCUGGAACAUCUAUUGGUGACGGCUGUGAAAUUGUCAACUGUAUAAUCGGUCAAAAUGUAUCACUGGGUCCAAAUUCCCGCUUAUCAGAAUGCUAUAUUGCAGACGAUGUUGUAAUUGGCAGCAAUGUUAUAAUUCUUCCAAAAUGUGUUUUAUCGUCUAAGGUGAAAAUUCCAGAUGAUAGAAAGUUACCAUCAGGAAGCGUUAUCAGUACAGAAUGUUAUGAAGACGACGAUGAACAGUUCGAAUGCAUUCAAUCGGAAUAUGGAUUUGAAUGGAGAAUGGAAAAUGAAAGUGGUUUUUGGCAUGCUAGUUGUUCAAAUCUUCGACUACAUGAGGCAUCAAUAACGUCCAAAGAUAUGAAUGAUUUAAAAGAGACAGAACAAGUUAUUUGCGAGAAAGAAAUAGACUGUGUUGAUCGAUUCUACGAAGAAGUUAAAGAAAGUAUGGAGAGGAUAGCAGAACAAAAAGAAUGCAAUGACCAGCUGAUAAAGAAUCUGAUUUUAGAAAUCAACAGUUCAAAAUUAGCUUACAAUAUAACAAUGGAAGACGUUGCGCGUAACGUGUUCUUAUCUUUCCUAUCACUGUCCAAUACUUUUUGUGAGCUACAGAAGCUUGCAAAAAAUUGGCAUUUAUUAUUCGUCAACUACUACAAACCAAUAAAAAGUCAGAUUCAGGCACUUGUUGCAAUUGAGGAACAUCUUGCAUCCAAUCCCAGUUUUAAAGUGUUGUCUGCGAAAGUGAUACACUUUUUCUAUGAACAGGAUAUUUUUGAAGAAGAUGCAAUUCUUGAAUGGUAUGAUACUGUGCAUGAGAGUGCCUCUCUUAAAACUCUAGCUCGUCCAAUCAUCGACUGGUUGCGACAGGCGACUGAAGAAUCUGAUAAUUAG